AUGUUCCAUGAUAUUCUUAUCCUAUUCCUAGCAUUUAUUCCAUCUUUAUUCGCACGAAAUGUAGAUCAUACAGAAUUUCUUCAAAAAUACGGUUAUCUGCCACGCGGCAGCAACCAAGUAAGCUCAGAAUCAUUAUCAGAAGCACUCAAAAAUAUGCAACGAAUGGCUGGAUUAGAGGAGACUGGAGAAUUAGAUGAGAGAACAAAACGGAUGAUGGAAAGACCGAGAUGUGGACAUCCGGAUGUACAUGAGGAGAAAAGUUCUCGUGGGAAACGGAACACUCCACCUAUCUUCAAAUGGCAGGAUAAAACUAUCACAUAUGGAUGUAAAUCAGCUGGGACCUCUACUCGAAUCUCGUUGGAUGACUUGAGACGGACCAUGCAUCAAGCCGCUUCCCAGUGGAGCGAACUUGCAGAUGUGGAAAUCGUAGAAUCAUCAGAAACAAAUCCAAUGAUUCAAAUCACAGCUGGGAGAGCAAUGCAUUAUCCGUGCAGAGUAAGUUUCGAUAGACAGACAUUAGCACAUGCAUUCUUUCCACCUCAUGGCCAGAUUCAUAUCAAUGAUAAUGUUAAUUUCGUGAUGACUAAUUACACUGAGAGAAUUGGAGGUAACUCCCUGUAUUCUGUCGUUGCUCAUGAGAUGGGACAUGCUCUUGGAUUCAGUCACAGUUCGGAUAGUGAAAGUAUUAUGUUUGCAUAUGAUACUCCGAGAAAAUGGAAGUUCACUUCAGAGGAUAAAAAUAUGAUGCGAAAUUAUUAUGGACCAAAAAAGAGUUCGACGAGGUCGAGGGAAGAAGAUAAUCGUGAAGACAGAGAAAGGGAUGAGAGACGGAAAUAUGAAAAAGAGAAAGAAAAAGAAAGAGAGAAAACAAGAGAAAGAGAACACGAAAAAGACGAUAUUCGUCCGGAUGAAUGUCGAGUCGAGAAUCCGAUUGUGGUACAGUAUCGAGGAGAAUAUUUAGUAUUUAAAAGUCAAUGGGUGUGGCGUGUCUCUUCCGAUUGGAAACGUCUCAUCACUAAAGCUGUCCCAAUCGAUCAAUUAUUUCCCGGACUUCCGAAUCCAAUUGAUGCUGCAGUGUCAGUUGGACAUCAUUUAUGGGUUUUUGUUGGUGAAAAGAUACAUGUUAUCUAUGGUAAUCGAAUGGCUCAUGCUCCGUUAACACUUUCGAAUAUUGGAAUUAAUGAAAAGUAUAUCGAUUUGGCUUAUGAAUGGCAUUACUUCAAUCCGCCAGCCAUUUAUAUUUGGAAAGGUUCUCGAUAUUGGAAACUUGAUGAAAAAAUGGAUCAUCGAAGAGUCGAUGAAAGAUACCCAAAACCAAUAGAUUUGAAUUGGGGAAGAGUUCCAAAGGGUGUCAACUCAGCAUUCACUUAUCAGAAAGAGAUUCAUUUCAUUCGAAGAGAUCAAGUAUACCGGAUGAAUUCUUCGAGAUCUGUUUUUGAUGUUGCCGAUGGGUAUCCUCAGCCAUUCUCGUCCAUCUUUGCAUUCUGCCCAAGAAAUGAAAAACUUACAUUGAACUCUUCACACUAUUCGAAGAAUUAUUUCUCCGCUGUUGUCCUCUUUACCAUUACGAUACUCACAUCUUAUUUCUGA